AAAAAAGUAUUUUUAAUAUAGCAAGAAGCUGUUGACAAGCUCUGCCAAAUGUGCAAACAAAGGAGGUAGAUACAAGUAAUAAUUCACUUAAGUGUACAGUUUGUGUACAGUGUUGAUGCCUUUGUACAUAUUAGAUAUGCUGUGUUUUCUUCCUGAUAUGAGCGAGUGUUGGGUUCAUGAGCAAGGGCACCUGUACGUGUGCCAAUGUGGGCGUGGUUUCCUGUUUUUUUUAAUGUAGACACCUUUGAUAAGCGUACGUGGGCGUGGUCUCUGGCUUGUUAGCAGAAUGAGAACACCUGUGUGCCGUGUGGGUUUGCUGGAGUGAAACUUUUCCUGUGACCGUGUUCUCGACCUGUUCUGACAGUUGUUGACUGUGUUGUAUGGAUUACUUCAGUGGAUCAUGUCACGCAGCUGCUGAUUAUGUAUCCUGGCAUCGCGGGAAGUGCGGCACACGAACGCAGUCAGCAGGUGUUGCUGCGUCCCGAGGAGAGUUCCCUUCCCGGGCUGAGCAGCAGACAGUCCGCCACCUUGUCCGAACAAGUCCAGGAUGCUCUGCUGCAGCUGGCAGCGGUUGUCGACGCGCGCUCGCUGCGAGCGGCCCUUCGAGACAGCGUCCAGGCGCUGCUACCCAGCACGGUGUGUGUGUGCGUGUACACACUGGAGGGAAACUCCAGGCUGCUGUCUGACGACCCACCACAUGAGCUGCCACAGGAGGGGAAGAUCAGGAGCGUUGUUGACCAGCUGAAGCGAUGCCAGUGUGCGGGCUUUCCAUCGUCGGAACUCCCAGAAAAAUACAGAAGCUACCUUGCAGCGCCGCUGACGGCACACCAAAGAGCUGUGGUUAUUCCCAUCUUGGACCAGGAGAGGACCAAGACUAUUGCUGUCUUACUGGUGGGCUGCAGCCCCCUCACUGAUCAGGAUGAAGUGCACCUCAACACGCUGGAGAAACAUGUGUCGGUGGCAUGUGUGCGCGUCCAGCUUGUUCAGGCGUCCUACCAGAGGCCCCCCCUCAGCCCCUCGCCGAUCCAGUCCCACAAUGCACUGCUGCAACUCAACGUCUCUGAGCAGGACUACUGCGAGUUGGACCACAACAUCCUGCAACUCUGCGGUGAGCUUUAUGACCUGGAUGCAGCCUCUCUCCAGCUCAAAGUCAUCAAUUAUCUGCAACAGCAGACUCAGUCGCAGUGUUGUUGUCUGCUCUUAGUGUCCGAGGACAACCACCAGCUUUUCUGCCAGGUCGUUGGAGACAAAGUCCUGGAGGAGGAGAUCAGUUUCCCGCUGAUGUUUGGACGUUUUGGUCAGGUGGUGGAGAAGAAGAAGUCAAUUUCUCUUCAAGACAUCAGCGCCGAGGAGCGCAGGCAGCUGUCCAGCAUGUUGGGCUGUGAGAUCUCGUCCAUGCUGUGUGUGCCGGUGGUGAGCAGGGCCACGGGCCAGGUGGUGGCGCUCGCAUGCGCCUUCAACAAACAGGGUGGACAGAGACACACUGAGGUGGACGAGCACGCCAUCCAGCACUGCUUCUGCUACACUUCAACAGUCCUCACUUCCACUCUGGCCUUCCAGAAGGAGCAGAAGCUGAAAGUGGAGUGCCAGGCGCUCCUGCAAGUGGCCAAGAACCUAUUCACACAUUUGGACGACGUGUCGGUGCUCUUGCAGGAAAUUAUAGUGGAGGCCAGGAACCUCAGCGGCGCGGAGAUCUGCUCCGUGUUCCUGCUGGAUCGUCAUAGCCACGAGUUGGUAGCCAAGGUGUUUGACGGGGGUGUGGUUAGUGAUGAAGAGAAGGAGUUCCGUAUCCCAGCAGAUCAGGGCAUUGCAGGCCAUGUGGCAACCACAGGUCAAAUCCUGAAUAUCAAGGACGCCUACUCCCACCCUCUUUUUUACCGCGGCGUGGAUGACAGCACCGGAUUCAAGACUCGCAACAUCCUCUGCUUCCCCAUCAAAGAUGAGAACAACGAGGUGAUCGGUGUUGCCGAGUUGGUGAAUAAAAUGAACGGGCCGUGGUUUAACCGCUUCGAUGAGGACCUCGCCACGGCCUUUUCCAUCUACUGUGGUAUCAGCAUUGCCCAUUCUUUGCUCUACAAGAGAGUCCACGAAGCUCAGUUCCGGUCCCACCUGGCUAAUGAAAUGAUGAAGUACCACAUGAAGGUUUCAGAAGAUGAAGUGUCCAAGGUGCUGGUCCUAGAGAUCGAGCCCAUUAAGAAGCUCCAUCCGUGUUUCGCCGAGUUCACCUAUCAGCCGCGCUCGCUGUCCGACGAAACCACGCCCAUGUGCGUCCUCAGCAUGUUUGAAGACAUGGGUUUCAUCAACAUCUACAAGAUGGACCGGCAGACUCUCGCCAGGUUUUGCCUAAUGGUCAAGAAAGGCUACAGGGACCCGCCCUACCACAACUGGAUGCACGCAUUCUCCGUCUCCCACUUCUGCUACCUGCUCUACAAAAACCUAGGGCUGUCCAACUACCUCGAGGACAUAGAGAUUUUAGCUCUCUUCGUGUCCUGCCUGUGCCAUGACCUGGACCACCGUGGCACCAACAACUCUUUCCAAGUGGCCUCGCAAUCUGUGCUGGCUGCUCUCUACAGCUCAGAGGGAUCCGUGAUGGAGAGACAUCAUUUUGCUCAGGCCAUCGCCAUUUUGAACACUCAAGGCUGCAACAUUUUUGAGAAGUUCUCCAGAAAGGAUUACCAGCGCAUGCUAGAUUUGAUGAGGGACAUCAUUCUGGCGACAGACCUGGCUCACCACCUUCGCAUAUUCAAGGACUUGCAAAAGAUGUCUGAUGACGGAUACGACCCAAAAAGCGAAACCCACCGCUCCAUGCUGCUGUGCCUGCUGAUGACAUCAUGUGACCUGUCAGACCAAACCAAGGGCUGGAAGACCACUCGCAAGAUUGCGGAGCUUAUCUACAAAGAGUUCUUCUCUCAAGGAGACCUGGAAAAAGCCAUGGGCAACAGACCCAGCGAGAUGAUGGACCGAGAAAAAGCCUACAUCCCGGAACUGCAGAUCAGCUUCAUGGAGCACAUCGCCAUGCCCAUUUACAAGCUGCUGUCGGAACUAUUUCCCGGGGCCACAGAGCUCUACGAGAGAGUGGCGGCUAAUCGAGAGCAGUGGACCAAGGUGUCCCACAAGUUCACCAUCCGGGGGUUGCCGAGCAACAACAGCCUCGACUUCCUGGACCAGGAAUACGAGCUCCUGCAGUCCCAGGGCGCUUUCGGGAGCGAUCACCUCUGCCUUAACGGCUGCCUGGACGACGGCGAAGCGGGGCCGGGACUGUGACAGCGGCGGCGCGUGCGCGGCUCAUGAGCUUUUUCUCUCCCUUCCUCCCCUCGCCCAGUGCGAGGCUGUGAAGACACCUUUCCGGCGACCCCCGCGAAGGGAGAGGGUCUGCCCCGCCGUCGGGCCCCCUCGGCGGCCACAGCGGUGCGGGGCGGGGGGGGCGGACAAGGGAUUCGAAACAUCCGACGUGGUUUCGUGGUCACGUGCUACAUGUUGCUUGCAAUCGGAGGAGCGGUCGGAGGCGAGGCCGAAACCAGACGUUUGCAGCGCUCGUCCCGAUUAAGAUUGUUCACAAACUUUUUUUUUUGGGGGAGUGAUUAAGAAAAAAAACAUAAAAAAUAGUUCAACUUGUAAACUUGACAAAGUGCUAUUGUUUGAGUGACAUGAUUUAACGGCUUCGCUUAGUUCCCGCACAAGCAGCUGCCAUCCGCUUGAGAACGCAUGCCAUGUCUUCUUCUGGUAUUUUUCUACUGUCAAAUUAUUAUUUUUUUCCCCUUUGAUGCAUUACCACACAUGUCCACAAGGGGCAGUUUGCUUUGACUCGUUAGCCCCUUUUGACAAUCACGUCCCCCGUCCACCACAUGGAUUCUCUCUUCCGUCCUCCGCCUCACCACCGUAGAUAAAGAACCGGAGCAGCCCUUUAAAAGAUCCAUCCCACCCGUCGUGUAAACGAGCCAUAGUGGAGUGCGAGUCGUAUGGAUCUGCCUUAUUGUGCAUCUUCGCUGCCUUUCUUAGAGCUUUUAAUAUAUAUAUAUACACCGAUUGAAAUACAGAGUCUGUUUAUUAUUGUGUAUUUGUUAUAGACAUAGCUUGACUAUCAGUGUGUUGACUGGAGGACCACCGCGCUCAGAAAAAUGUAUAUUUGUGAAAUAACCUUUGUAAAGACCUCCGUCGUCGCUUUUGUCCGACUAAUGACGUCACCGUGGGGGAUGAUUACAUAGGCGACCCGGAAAAAGAAAAAAGAAAAAAGAAUCAGAAAUGUAGCCACCAAAAAAAAAAAAAAAAGAAAGAAAAAAAAAAUCCCAAAGGUAAAGUAUGGAAACUUUUUUUUUUUUUUUUUUUUCAGCUCUCAGAUUGUGCCUCAUUUUUUAAACGUUUUGUGUUACAAUGCGCCACUUUUUCACUUGUUUUCGAAGAGGAAAUGCUGCAGUUUAAAGCCAACCACUGAGUCGUUACACAACGUGAACACUGUAUGUAGGCUGUGUGUGUGUGUGUGUGCAUUGGAGAGGUCAUGACCAAACAAGUGCAUCAGAAAGUGUGUGUGUGUGCGUGUGUGUGUGUGGGUAGCAGAGAUGGAGAAAUUCUGAUUACGAGCCAAAUGUUUGCUAGUGCACAUUCUUGGGGGUUGUGUGAAAUCCCGUCGUCAUUCCGCCCUCGUAAUGCUAGUAACGUGUAUUAUCAGGGUGUGUGUGUGUGUGUGUGUGUGUACAGAUCCUCCGUAGAACCGGCGUCCUCUGCAGUGGACAUGUGUGUUUCGCGUAACAGGGCUUAUACAAAAGACUAAGAACGUCCACUGCGGAGGACGCCGGUUCUCAGGGAAAAAAAAUGUCCGUCUUGUUCAAAAGUCUCUCGAACCGUUGGGAUUCGUGUUGAUUCAAUCUGCCUUAGUUGGGAGUUUUUUCUACUAAAUGUUUUCAAAGGGCAUAUAGAUGUUUUUAGGACCCCGCUCAUCGUCUCGUACCUGCCUUUUGUUGUCAUGUGCAAUAUGAAGCGUCUGCCUGAGUGAAAAUGGAAAUCAGCCCUAGGCUCUUGUUAACUUAUUUCCUUGAGUCUGAGGUCCCCACUGGCCUUUUUCUUUUUUUUCGGACCGUUCUUGAGACCCGAGUUACACGGUGGUGCAGAUCACGCUCCGUGUCACUUUGAGGACGGGACUUUAGCUGCUGCUGCGUUCAGUCCAGGCACGAACAGAGGAACCGAGUCAGGAACGCGCCAGGAGCUAAACCCAGCAGGCACAAGACGUUGUUUAUACAUGCGUGUCCUUUGAAACCGACUUUGAAAAGACGUUGCAAAACAACAGGCUCUUUUCCACCUAAAGCAUACUUGCCAACUCUCCCGGAUUUUCCGGGAGACUCCCGAAAUUCAGCGCCUCUCCCGAAAACCCCCCGGGACAAAUUUUCUCCCGAAAAUCUCCCGGAAUUCAGGCGGACCUGAGUGACGUGUCGACAGCCUGUUUUCGCGUUCGCUUUCCCACAAUAUAAACAGCGUGCCUGCCCAAUCACGUUAUAACUGUAGAAUGAUCGAGGGCGAGUCCUUGGUUUCUUAUGUGGGUUUAUUGUUAGGCAGUUUCAUUAACGUCCUCCCAGCGCGGUAACAACACACAACAACAGCAGUCACGUUUUCGUCUACCGUAAAGCAGUUCGUCUGCCGUAAACAGCAAUGUUGUGACACUCUUAAACAGGACAAUACUGCCAUCUACUGUGCAUGCAUAUAUGACAAU